AUGAACCUGGUAGGGGGCUACCAGCACCACCACCAUCAUCACCACCACCACGUGCUGCACGACCCUUUCCUCUUCGGACCGGCCCGGUGUCACCAGGAACGCGGCUACUUCCCCGGCUGGGUGCUCAACCCGGCCGAGGUGACCCCUGAGCUCGCCGGGCAAAGCCCUGGCUACGGCCCCGCCGAGUACGGACCGGCCGGCCAGGGGCGGCUGGAGGCUCUCAGCGGUCGCCUGGGUCGGCGGAAAGGGGUCGGCGGACCCAAGAAAGAGCGACGGAGGACGGAAAGCAUCAACAGCGCCUUCGCCGAGCUGCGGGAGUGCAUCCCCAACGUGCCCGCCGACACCAAGCUCUCCAAGAUCAAGACCCUGCGCCUGGCCACCAGCUACAUCGCCUACCUGAUGGAGGUGCUGGCCAAGGACAGCCAGCCCGGGGACACCGAGGGCUUCAAAGCCGAGCUCAAGAAGGCCGACGGCAGGGAGAACAAGAGGAAACGAGAGACGCAGCCCGAGGUCUACUCGCAGCCUUUGGGCCACGGCGAGAAGAAGCUGAAGGGCCGCACGGGUUGGCCCCAGCAGGUCUGGGCUCUGGAACUGAACCCCUGA